AAAAUGGAGCUUCUUCUCGUCAUCCUUCUGUUCCUAUAUUCCACAAUUUUUAUUGUUGGUUUCACUGGAAAUUUGUUCAUGGUUUUGGUUACACUGCAUAGCAACAAGCUCCGUUCAAUUUGUAACAUAUUAAUCUGUGUCUGCUGUUUCUGUGAUCUUUUGCUUUUCACCGACGUCAUUGCAUUUGUAGUGUCAAUGCUUACACCAUUAACUCAAGAGUUGUGUUUCUACAUCAGUAUUCCUGCGGAUUUCGGAGCUUUUGCUUCAAAUGCAUGUGUUUUGGCUAUUGGGAUUGAUCGAUUAAUUGCAGUAGCUGCUCCCACAAGAUACAAAUUGCUGGAAAACGAACGCUACAAGUAUUUGUUUCUUCAAAUGACGUUUCCAGUCAUCUAUUCUUCAACUUUAUUGAUUAUGGGAUUUGGACAACGUGAUCCAAGAAGAAAUGUGGUCUGUCUACUCCCAGAAUCAUUGGGUCAUGCUUAUGACAUGUUCGCUCUUUCUUCCUUUGGCAUUAAUCUUUUUGUACCGCCGAUCUACGCAUACGUGUAUUUUAAAGUCAAAAAUAUGAGUGACAAUAAUUCUAUCAAAACCGUUUUCAAAUCACUAUCGGUUACUGUAUGGUUUGUCGUGUGCGGUUGGAUGACAACUGACUUGAUUGGUGCGCUUACAGUAAUACUUCCGAUGGAUAGGAGCGUGGCAAGAAUGGUUCAGCUCUACUGUGGAACUUUUAUAUUCACGUCGAGUGCUUUUAAUGCAGUUGUGUAUUAUAAAUUCAGCCGUGACUAUCGUUCAGCAAUGCGUACAAUGCUGGGUCUGUCCAAUGAAGUUUCCAUAGCUGAUAUUAAUAUCUAUCAACAAGCUUCCGAUCCACCAAAGUCAAGUAAUCAGAGACCAUUUACAAAUACAAGCUGA